AUGGAAACGGCCAGUGGUUCUGAGGCCAUAUCAUCUGGAUUGAUUGACGAUGAAAAAUAUUUUCUAAUCACCCACGAAAUUAUGACCGCUGAAGAAUUUACGGAGUUCACUGCCAACCGUAAAUCAUUUAACCAGAAUAUUUUGAACGGAAAAGCAACAAGAGAGGAAUUAUUGGUGCAAAUAACACUCGAAUCGAUGAUAUUAAAUACAUGUGAACAGAAAGUUAAACAAGUAAUGCGGGAAGCUUAUACUGAAGAUAUUAUCACAAAAGUUGAAUCUAUUUUAUCUAAUCGAAUACACGAUAUGUACAUUACACUGUUUAAGACAUUCAGAUAUGAUGUAAAUUUGGUUUCAAAAUAUAUUCAAUUUUGUUUGGAAAAUAAAAAAUUAACUAAAAACUACAAAAUUGUAUUGGAUGAUAUAAUGGAUUCAUUUCAUAGUGAUCCAGAUAUAUACAUAACAGGCGCAAGUCAUGCUUUAGAUGAUUGUAACGACAUAGUAUCUGCCAGGCGAUAUAUUUCAUUUGGAAUAAAAUAUCAUGAAGAUUUAAAAAAAUUAUAUGUUGAAGAAUUUUGGAUUGAAGUUAAACAUUUAAACCAAACAGGUGACACUUCUCUUCAAGCAACUUUAAAAAAAUAUAACUUUAUUAUUCAGCAUUUUAAAGAUGAUAUUGAACUACAUUUUGAUUUGGUGGAUACAGCUUUAGACGAACACAUAAAAAUUACACAAUUACAGAGUAUUAUAAUCAGAGAUAUGGUGAAUAAAUACAGAAGAAAUGAACUCAUGUGGCAAAAAUUAGCUAGAAUCCAUUUAAAUGGGUUUAUUUACAACUACGAUGGAGACACUUUACAUAAAAUUCAGAGCAUGAGACUACACAUUUCUAUAAGGAACUGGAUUAAUACCUAUGAUAAAGCCUUAACAGAGAAUUUAUCUAAUAAAAUCAAACAAAAUAUAUGGCAUUUGUUUUUGGAUGAUAUCUUAGAUAUUUAUAGUUCAAUUGAUAGUGACGAUCAAGUCACUCAAGAUUUUAUGAAUAAAUGUAUUGAUCGAACAUAUGCUCUAGCAUAUUCCACUAAUUUUAUGAAACAUCCCAGACAUUUUCUUUAUUGGGCAGAACGUAAUAAUGGCGGAGACGCUGAGGUAGCGAUACUAAGGAAAGGACUGAACAUUUCAAACGAUAACUUUGAGAUGUGGACAAAGUUGUUUGAAUAUUAUUUACACCAUGAUCGUGUGAGAAGUGCAAUGAAAAUUUUGUUGGAAUCUGUUGAUAUACUUAAAGACAAAGCUUUGCCUUUAUGGGAAAUUAUGGAGUUAUAUACCUUAAGCUGUAGCGAGCAAAUGAUCGAAUAUUUUUACAAUCAAUCCUCAUUCGUUGUGAAUGUUGAAGUAAUUAAUUUGAGAUUCCGACCUGCAUAUUUAGAAAGGCAGGUUCUAAUACAUGACAUAGGGAGAGCACGAACACUUUUCAACGCCUUAAAAUGUCUAAAGCCACAAUGUCACAAAUUGUAUAAAAGAAUGUUACAAUAUGAAACAUUGAAUAUAAUUCCUAAAGAAAUCAAACAUAUUAAUUAUAUGAGGAAAUUAUACAAUGAAGCAUGCGACUUAUUUGGACAAGUGGACGUUGAGUUAUGGUACGAUUGCAUGAAAUUUGAGUAUAUGUACGGACACCCAUCAUUAGUACGUGUGAUUUUUGAAGCAGGAAUAAACCUUUUAGAAAAUCAAAGUUUAAAGGCAAAAUUAACAGAUAUGAAAUACCAACUCGAUGCACAAUAUCAAGUAAAUGAUGUAAUACACGUUGAAGAUGACGGAUGA